AUGGAACAACAACCUUCUGCGAAGAAAGGAAAAACAUUGUUAUCUUUUUUCAGAAAGAGAGAUUAUCAUACUAGUGAAAGUACUUCAAUUGAUGAUGUGCAAAAUCGAUCUAGUGAAUUUACACCAAUUUCUUCAAGUUUAUCUCCUGAAAUUGAACUUUCUCCAUCUUCAAAUCCUGAAUGUCAAUGGUCUUCUUGUAUUGAACGGGAUCCGGGGAAAAGAAAACAAAUUUGUGAAUAUCCUAUUAAUGCACGGGAUGAGAUUAGACGGGCAUAUCUACUAGCUGGGCCAUAUCAACCAUUACUUUUGAAUUACAAGAAGACCACUUUUGGAAAUCAACGUCGGAGUUUUCAGAAAAAUUGGUUCAAUCAAUUUAGGUGGUUAGAAUAUUCACCUUCAGAAGACAAGGCAUAUUGUUUCUACUGUUUUCUAUUUCUGAAUGAUGGUCAUUCAUCAAAUAUUUCGACGUUGGCUACUGUGGGAUUUGACAAUUGGAAGAGGAUUAACCAAGGAAAUAAAUGUGCUUUUCUUACUCAUGUUGGUUCUUCACCUUCGUCGCCCCACUUGAAUUGUGUGAGAAUGGCUGAAGAUUUAAUGAAUCCGUCUCAACAUAUUGAAAGGGUAAUUCAUUCACAAACAAAAGAGGAAUCUCAGAAAAAUCACUUGCGCCUAAGGGCUUCAGUUAUAGCUAUCAGGUUACUAGCACUUCAAGGUUGUGCCUUUAGAGGUCACGAUGAAUCUUCAUCUUCAUUGAAUCGUGGAAAUUUUAUUCAAAUGCUUAAGACUUUUGGACAAUUGAGUAUGGAAGUUGAUAAAGUUAUAUUAGAUAAUACUCCGAAAAAUGCUCAAUAUAUUGCUCCAAAUAUUCAGAAGGAUAUUUUGCAUAUUAUGGCUAAUAGAGUACGACAGAUGAUUCGUGAGGAUGUUGGAGAUGAACGCUUUUGUAUUCUUGUGGAUGAAGCAAAAGAUGAAUCUAAUCGAGAGCAAUUGGCCAUUAUUUUGAGGUUUGUGAAUAGUUGUAGUAUUUUGACAGAACGUUUUUUUGCAAUCAAAAGCGUUAGUAACACCACGUCCUUAAACCUAAAAAAUGAGAUUUUUGAUAUUCUUGCUCGACACGACUUUCAACUUAGCAAAAUGAGAGGUCAAGGAUAUGAUGGUGCUAAUAAUAUGCGUGGUACUUGGAAUGGACUUCAAGCUUUAUUUCUUAGAGAUUAUCCAUAUGCAUAUUAUGUUCAUUGCUUUGCACACAGGUUACAACUGGCAUUGAUUUUUGCAGCUAAGGAUGUCAGUGUUAUUUGGGAAUUCUUUUCUCAUUUGGAUAAUGUUAUCAAUAUUAUUAAUUCUUCUUCUCAGCACAUUAGUGAGUUGCAAAAUGCUCAAAGAAAAGAAGUUGAGCAUAUGUUGAGUAUUGGAGAGCGUGAGUCUGGAAGUGGAGCCAAUCAAAUAGGUAAUUUGCAACGUGCUGGAGCAACACGUUGGAGUUCCCAUUAUGAUUCUGUAAAAAGCAUGAUAGGCAUGUAUUCUGCAACUUGCAAGGUGCUUGAAUAUCUUAAAGUUCAUUGUUCAAAAGCAAGUUCUCGAGCUGAAGUCCGUGGCGCUUAUAGACACUUUGCAUGUUUUGAAUUUGUGUUCAAUUUGCUUUUAAUGCACAAAAUUAUGAGAAUAACUGAUGUUCUUUGUCAAGCUCUUCAAAAAAAAUCACUAGACAUUUUGGCUGCUAUGAGAUUUGUUUCUACUGCGAAACUUAUCCUUCAAGAAUUGAGAGAAGAAGGUUGGGAAGUGUUUCUUCAAGAAGUAAAAGAUUUUUGUUCAAGACACAACAUUGACAUACCGGAUCUAGAUUCUUCAUAUAUGAUUGGUCGUUGUAGGGAUGAGACUACAGUUGAGCACCAUUAUCAUUUUGAUGUUUUCAAUGAAGCAAUUGAUUUUGUAUUGAUGGAGUUAAGUACAUGCUUUAAUGAUAAAUCAGUAGAACUCCUUUCUCUCAGUGUGGCUUUGGAUCCCAGAAAUUCAUUUGAAUUAUUCAAUAGUGAUGAUAUUUGUACGCUUGCAAAGAAGUUCUAUCCUGAAGAUUUUAGCAGUCAAGAUAUUUGUGCUUUAGAAUAUGAGUUGAAGUAUUAUGUUCAUGAUGUGAUUGCUGACCAAAGGUUUCAAGUAUCUACACUUGUUGAAUUGUGCUAG